CGGAAGCAACGGUCUACUCGAUCAAGCAAUUCUUCAAAGCAGGGUUUUUGUUUUUUUUUGGCCUUCUCAUGAGAUUCGAGAGUUAAAGAAAAGUUCCAGCGGGGCCAGCAAUUUGUAUUCGGCGAAGCAUACAUUUCCUAUCAUUGUUUUCUUCGUUUCCGCUUUCGCUUUGGUAGCCUAUCUACUUAUGCCAGCUAUUUGUCUUUACAGCAAGACUGAUUUAAUGUCGAUUGCCCUCCAACUCGAUCAUUCACGAGCUCCUAUCGACGAACGGCGCCGUCGCCCAAGAUGCGGUUCAGUGCGGGAUUCGUGCUCCUUUUCGGCCAGGCCAUGGCCUCACCUCAUUCGCUUCAGCAACUUCAGCAAAGACAAGAUAAUAAAGAUUGCCCGCCAAUCCACAUCUUUGGGGCACGAGAGACAACGGCUCCUCCGGGCUUUGGUGCCGCGGCCGGCAUCGUCGACGACCUCACCAAGGCGAACCAGGGGGCGACGAACGAGGCCAUCAACUAUCCCGCAUGUGGAGGGUCGUCGGACUGUUUGGGCAUCAGCUACGCGGACUCAGUGAAGAAUGGGACCGCGGCUGUUGCCACGGCCGUGAACGAUUUCAACAAGAAGUGCCCCAAGACGAAGAUUGUCAUGUUGGGUUUCUCUCAGGGAGCUCAAAUCAUGGACAACGCGUACUGCGGUGGUGGAGACAGCAUCGAAGGGGUCAAGGACGUCAACGUUCUCAUCUCGAACGAGGCACUUGGCGCGGUGAAGGUAGCCAUCUUCAUGGGCGACCCACGUUACGUCGCUGGACUUCCCUACGAGGUUGGCACAUGCAAAACGCAAGGAUUUGCACCACGGCCUCAGGGGUUCCAAUGCCCGAACGGAGGUAACAUCAAGUCAUUCUGCGAUUCAGCAGACCCGUUCUGCUGCAACGGCAACGAUCCCGUUGCUCAUCUACAGUAUCCAAGCAUUUACGGCGACCAGAUUAAACAGUUUGUGAGCGACAAACUGAGAUAGAGGAAACGAAGAGAAGGGUAAUUUCCACCCUACCGAUACACCAGCGAGCUCAACUCAACAAACUCGCACUUGCAAACACUCGACCUGGGUGUCGCACGAACUCCAGGGCCGCGCGGCCUUUGAUCUAAUAGAUGGCUUCUUCGCAACAAGCGCCAUUGUGUCCUUUUCGGGUCUUUCUUGUCGCCAACCCUUUACCUUUCUUUCUUACCUGUACCAAAGAGCUCAAACAGAGGUACAUACAGUCCAUACUAGGGAGGCCAUAGACGGCGCUCAGACAGACCGAGGUUUGGAUAGAACCUAAGCAUAGACGUAAU